AUGAGAGUCUUGCCUUCGACAUCUGGCUCUUCUGUUUGGGUAGUGGUAGCAGAAGGGUGCAAUCCAGCAACUGAUCCUCAAGACUGUCCAGAGCGACGCGGCGAACUCUUCGCUAGCAAUGCUUCCUCGAGUCUGGUGCAAAAGGGCUUCUACGAAUUGCCACUACAGGCAGAGGAGAUACUAGGCUACUCAGGAAAUGGCCAAUUCGCAUAUGACCAAAUCACGUUGGGAGGCAAUGGCGCGGGUGGGCCAGCACUCAAUAACACCAUGUUUGCUGGGAUUGCGACUAAGGACUUUUUGAUUGGGACUAUGGGCCUCACACCGUGGGGGGUCAAUUUCACAGAUUCCAAUAAUCCCGUACCGAGCUUGUUAACAUCGUUGAAAAAUGCGGGCCUUGUCACAAGCAACAGCUGGGGUUACUCCGCGGGUGCGUUCUACAGUCCGAAACAGACGUCCGGCAGCUUGACUUUUGGCGGCUAUGAUGCAUCAAGAUUCGUGCCAAACAAUUUGACCUUUACUCGAGGUCCGGAUAUUGCCCGUGACCUACUCAUCGGGAUCCAAACCAUUACCAGCGGCACCGAUAGCCUUCUGCUUGAAGGCGUUGUUGCAAUGAUCGACUCUACCGUUGCACAAAUAUGGCUGCCUAAUGAAGCAUGUCGGCGAUUCGAAGAAAUCUUUGGCUUAGUCUGGGAUGAGACUGCGGAAUUGUAUCUGGUCAACGACACACUUCACCAGAAGCUUGUGGAUGAAGAUCCUUCAGUAACCUUCACGAUAGGAAGCAACACAACUAGUAGUGACAUUAUCAAUAUCGUUUUGCCUUACGGAGCAUUUGAUCUGACCGCAGACUGGCCUUUGACGACUAACGGCACAGCGAGGUAUUUUCCUCUCCGUCGUGCAGCAAAUGCAUCGCAAGUCGUGCUGGGCAGGACCUUCCUGCAAGAAGCAUAUUUGAUCGUCGACUAUGAUCGUAACAACUUCUCCCUUUCACGUGCCGUCUUUCCUGACACGAAUGUUCCACAGCAACUGGUGACGAUACUUCCGCCGUCUGAGAAAGGUUCUUCGCACGGAAGGCUCGCCAAAGGUGCAAUUAUCGGCAUCGGGGUUGGCACUGCCGCGAUCAUAGUAGCCUUGAUCGCCACCUUCCUGUACUUGAUGCGACGAAGAUGGCUGCCUAGCGCUCCCAAAAUCCAGGUCACAACCAAUGCACCUGAGGAGACCAAGCCCGAGCUCGACGCCCAACAAACCCCCAAUUUUUCCGGCAUGGGCACACCUGUUUCACUGAAUAGCACUCCCGUAGAGGCUAAAGGUAGUCAGCGCUUUCCACGAGAAAUGUACGAUCCAUCGAUCAUACGGCCUGAAGUCCAAGGCGAUUCAAGACGUCCUGUUGAGCUGGCGGAAUGCGCUCGUGUUGUUCGCCACGAAUUGUCCGGAUAA